UUGUCUCUGCACUGUCCUGUCAGAUGUUGCAAGAGAAAACCAAGAACUUCAAGAGAAAAUUGUUUCAGCUCAGUUAGAGACAUUCCAGGCAUUAGCUAGAAUACUACAGAGCCCGAAUGAUGUCUCAAAACAAAAUCUUUGCUUGUCGAUUGUGCCAGAGUUCAUUGGUAUGGCCCGGUCACUGGGAAGAACAAAAGAUGACAAGACACCUCUUAUCAGCCAUAUCUUCCCGCCACCCGUCAGUCCCGCGGCUGUCAUAGUCGAAGAGAACAAAAAGGCUCACAGUUCCAAGAAGGCAUUUACAACAUUCCGAUCGAUUAUUCCACGCUCCUUGUCUUAUAAUAUUCUGACCGAGGCUACUCAGAGUAAUGACAGUUUGGAUGUAGUGAGAGGCUUCAGGCAAAAGUCUCCAUCUCCAGGUGAAGUUAGUGACAAUUCCAGCAAUGGUGCCGAUGAUGACCCGGACAUGGUGGACCCCCGACAUCACUUCUUCAACCAAGUAGGAUCGAGCUUUACGAGAAUGAAGCCUUGGGGACUGGCUCCAGUACAGCACAAAACUCACCUGAUAUUCUCAUUGUCUCAGUUACAAACGGUGCUUCAUGUGGGAAAGAAUGUCAUCACCAAAGAAAGGCUUAGGCUCCUGGACCAGAUUGCUGGGGAUACUUUCUUAAUUUCAAAGCCUCAUCGCUUCCCCUACAGAAGUUUCAGUGAAACAAUUGAGCUUGUUCUGGUCACAUUAUUGAGGGAUCUACUCAAUCAUCAGAGUGAUCUCUCGUUAACUUUCACGAAAGAUGUCCAAGAAUUUGUGAAAAACCUCUACAUGACUGGACAGACUGAACUGGCCACAAAACAUUAUGAAGAGGGCGAGCGAAUGGAGCGACGAGGAGAGGUCAAUCCAUUUGCUUUGAGCGUCUCGUCGAAUGCGGCGUGCAUCGAAUUACUGUUCUGGGCGAUCACGGAUGAAUCGGAUGCGGAGAGUUUGUGUAGUCGAUUGACCGAGAGAAUCAAUACAGGGCCUGAGCGGCGACUGCUAAUGGCACAUCAUCCUCUGCUUAUGGUCUCACUUGAGGCAUUGGGGAAACUUGCAGAAAAGUUCCCAAUCCUUUCCGGGCCAAUGGUGGAGGCACUGCGGGAUUUCUUGGUUAACCCCUCACCAAUCCUAAACAAACUCAACAAGUACGCCUCGGCCAACACAAGCAAAGGUGGAUCGUUCACCAUCUCCGUCACUGAUGAAUCACACAGAACAGGGAGUAAACAGGUUGUCAAGUCAAAGAUGGCGAUGGCAUUUGAGAAUUUUCGGGAUACAGCUAUUGAGAACAUCUGCAGAGCUCUGAAGUCUGGCCUGAAAGUUGAUCCAGACUGUGUGCAGGCAUUCCUUGCUUCACUCUCCAAUAGGUGCUACACAGCCGAGAUGAGUGACAGUGACACAUUAAAUCAUCUCCGCAACUCUACCAUAAUGAUCAUCAAGACGCGACUUUUCGGUGCCCUGCAGGCAGUCAGGGAAAAGAACGGGACCCUUGGCAGAGAAACGGUCCAGGAACUCAAAAGGGAGUCCACCUUGAUCUCAACCAACACCAUCCUGACCCUCGGACAUGUGGCCGUUGCUCUAAAAGACGUGCCAAAGACGGUAGAGUCAGUUCUCCAGAUUUUCCAGCAGAGAUUCUGCUCUCCACCAUCACCGUUGGAUGUUCUGAUUAUAGACCAGCUAGGCUGCAUGAUCAUAGCUCAGUGUCCUACGAUACAACAGGAGAUUAUGUCCAUGUUCAACCUGGUCAGUGUGACAAGCAGCUCGGCGUACAGUAAAGCUGGUGAUACUGGUCAUGGAUACAGACACGUAUCGUUAGCUGUGAUCAACGCGUAUGCUAACAUUGCCGCUAACAUUCAAGGAGAAGAGGCGAUGACCGACCUACUGGUGCGCAUGCUGGAACUGUUUGUUCAGUUAGGCCUGGAGGGGAAGAGAGCUAGUGAGAGAGCACCUGCUGCUCUCAAGGCAAGUAGCAGCGCUGGCAAUCUUGGAGUCCUAGUACCGGUCAUUGCAACAUUAAUUCGGAGACUGCCUCCCAUCAAAGACUGCAAGCCGCGUUUAUUGAAGUUGUUCCGUGAUUUCUGGUCGUACUGCGUUGUGAUGGGAUUCACUGUCGAGGACUCGGGAGCGAAAUCAAGGAAAUCCCCUAUGGGUUUGUGGCCUCGGGAAUGGUACGAAGGUGUUUGUGAGAUUGCAGCCAAGACACCGGUGUUGAUAUCUAAGGAUGCCCAUCUGCGAUCGGAGCUCCAGUACAACUCAGCUUUAAAGAAUGACAGCAUCGCGCCAGCUGAACUGAAUGAGAUCCGCCUGAACAUCAUCCAGCUGCUGGAACAUUCCUCGGACGUCGUUGCCAUGAUCAACAAGAUGACGUUUGCCCAAUGUACCUAUCUUCUGUCUGUACUCAGGCUAGAGAUGCUAUGUGUAACUCAUUCGAGUGAUGCAUCAGCUUUCCACCGGUUGUUCUCAUAUCUUGAGGACAACACAAUAUUCAAAGACAAGGCCGGAAUGUGGACUUGUAUAGCAGCUGUGGGUGAUCAGACGUUCAAGAAAUUCCUUGACAGAAUGGUGGAGAAGGCCAAGACGACUUCAAUCGAUGGCACCCUUGAUACUCAUGCUCAGUUUCUAUUGGUCAAAUUCAACCAUGUCCAUAAGAGAAUCAGACGUGUUGCUGAUAAGUUUUUGUCGUGUCUUGUCGACCGAUUUCCACAUUUGCUGUGGAGUGGGAAGGUACUCAAGACAAUGCUGGAUAUUCUGCAGCACCUGUCACAUGGCCUCGAUGAGGAUCCUAACUGUAAAGCCCCGGUAUUCGACAUUCCAGGUGUGGUUGACAAGCUCACAAUGAUGGACUCAAUGACAGACAGAGAGAGUACUGUACGAGACUUUGCAGCACGAAGCCAGGGCAUUCUACAAGAGGCAAUGAAAUGGGCUCCAAAUGCCACGCGAUCUCAUCUCAUUGAGUAUCUGCUGGAGAUGCAGAACUCCUCUGAGGGUCUCCUGCAACACACUGGCUUGGCUCUUGCUACAGAGAGUGUACUCAAUUAUGCUGGUUAUAAUCAGCUAGCUAAGCCACUGGGGACUGGAACACUCGACCGGCGACCACGAUGUGUGAAAAACGACUCGUCUAACUUCAUGGCGCAGCUAAGUAUGAGGAGUCAGUACAUGGGCCAGGUGAAUGGGAUGAAAGCAGUGUAUGAAGAUGACCAGGAGAGCCUAGUGAACAGACUAAUGUCUGAUUUAGAUAAGGCAUGUAAAACAUCAGAUGCGGAUAAAUUCCGAGAGGCAUUGUUCCGAUCUUGUGCCCUUCUCAUCCUCCUCGAUGGCACUCACCGCCAGCUACUCCAUGGGAUGUGUUGGUCGCCAAUUAAGUUCUUCAAUGAGAAGUCCAUGGAGUGUGCCAUUGCAUGUUGGGAGUGGCUGUUGGCAGCAAGACCGGACUUGAAUCUUCCGUUCAUGCAAGAGAUGGCCGCCGCCUGGCAGAUGACAAUUGACCUGAGACUUGGGGUCUUUGCUGAGGAUAAACCUGACAUAAGUCCACUAGCUGCCUCGGAAUCAAACAUCCCUAAACCAACGCCUCCAUAUGUUGCCCCUCACCAGAUAUGGACCAAGUUCCUAGCAGAGAGGAUAGAGAUAGCCAAAUACUGUAGCAAGGACCAGGUGGAGAUCUUUGCCUCGUUACUACACAAGAGUUUGUCAAUAAGUGUGGGAAAACCCUACUGCAUCAUGUCACGCCAUAUAGCAGCUCUAGGACCCCGUAUCAGAUUACUGACGAUGGGCCUAUCACUGUUACAAGGAGACAUUCUACCAAACACCACCAGUAAAACAGUGCUACGAAGUCGAGUGUAUGCAGCGAGUCUUGACUACUUCACCAUGGCGCCAAACUAUCCAACCCAGAAAGGGGCGGACCUGAGAGAAGACACCAUCCUGUUGAUCAAGUUCUGGCAGAAUAUGCACUCGGAUAAGAAGUACCUGCGCUCAAAUACAAUAUCCGUUGGAGGUACAUAUUCAAGUGACUUUAGUGGCUCCAACACAUUGAGCACUAUGGCGCCAGAUCUGCGAUCCAGUGGAGAGUUCAAGCAGGCCGGUGCACAACCUCAGGGUUGGAUGAAUACCAUGCCACUCAGUAGCAAUAUGUCGACGAUAUCUAAACGGUCAUCAGGGUCCCUACCAAAUUCACUCCGUGGCGACCAUCACCACAGUGAUCACAGUCACCAUGGCCACCACCAUAAGGGUUUACAUUUCCAUGGCAAACAUCACCAUGGUGAUCAUCAACAAACCCUCAUUGUCCCCAGGCCAAGCAGUCAUCUUGGCAUUGGGACACGUAAAAGUGCCGAGAGAAAUCAGUCUUUUGUGAAAGACUACAUGAAAAAGAGAAAUAUGAUCCUUUUGUUGUUGGCGAGUGAAGCUGAGCGGCUGGUGACGUGGCACAACCCCUUGGGUCUCCCAGAUCAGAGCAUACCUGGGGAGAAUAACAUAUCAGCGUGGCGCAGUACGCCUAUCACUGAGAAACAGUGGAAGGAUAAUGCACUGUUGGCGUGGGAUAUAGCACCAGCUUUGGCGGUUAAUCUACCAGAGAGAUUCCGUGGCUCUGAAGCUCUGAAGCGCGAGGUGACUCGGCUCGUGCGCCGUAACCCUGAGCUUGUAUCUCAUCUGCCCCAUGCGUUACAUUUUCUCGUUACACCCCAUACAGUGGAGACAGAUGCACCAGAGUUGACGCACAUGCUGACCUGGUCCAAAGCUCCCCCGGUUGUGGCACUGUCUUACUUCUCCAGGCAGUAUCCACCCCAUCCACUCACGGCACAGUAUGCCGUCAAGGUGCUGAGGUCAUAUCCACCGGAUGCUCUUCUCUUCUACAUUCCUCAGUUGGUACAGUCCAUCAGAUAUGACACGAUGGGCUACAUGACAGAGUUCAUUCUCUACAUCGCGAGGGAAUCGCAGCUGCUAGCUCACCAGAUCAUAUGGAACAUGAAAACCAACAAGUUCCGUGACGAGGAAGGUGCGCACAUGGAUGAAGAAAUCGGUGAACAGAUUCAAAACCUGAUGGUGCAGAUCAAAGAAUCUCUCGCAGGACCAGCAAAGAACUUCUACGAGCGGGAGUUUGACUUUUUCGAGAAGAUCACAGCAAUUUCUGGUGAAAUUAAACCGUAUCCAAAGGGACAGGAGAGGAAGAAGGCAUGCUUGAAGGCCCUCACCCAGAUCAAGUUACAGGCCGGGUGUUACCUGCCAUCUAAUCCCGAGUCGAUUGUGAUGGAGAUUGACUACAAGUCUGGCACACCUAUGCAGAGUGCUGCCAAAGCGCCAUACUUAGCACGGUUCCGUGUGAAACACUGUGGAGUGAAUGAAGUAGAGAAGUUAGGCCUGAAGGAUCCAGAAGAAACGGCCAAAGCUCUUAAGCUGCACUCAGCAUCCGACCUGGUGUGGCAGGCAUGCAUCUUCAAGGUCGGAGACGACGUCAGACAGGACAUGCUGGCUCUACAGGUCAUUGCCCUCUUCAAGAAUAUUUUCCAGUUGGUUGGAUUAGAUCUGUAUUUGUUCCCUUAUAGAGUUGUCGCGACGUCGCCAGGGUGUGGUGUAAUAGAGUGUGUGCCUAAUAGCAAGUCUCGUGAUCAGAUUGGGCGUCAAACCGAUGUUGGCAUGUAUGAAUACUUCAAGACCAAAUAUGGAGAUGAGAGUACUCCAACGUUCCAAGCAGCCCGUCGUAACUUCAUCAUGAGCAUGGCUGCUUACAGCGUGGUUAGUUUCCUUCUCCAGUUCAAAGACAGACACAAUGGGAACAUCAUGUUGGAUACGGAGGGGCAUAUCAUUCAUAUUGAUUUUGGCUUCAUGUUUGAGAGCUCCCCCGGUGGUAACUUGGGCUGGGAAUCGGAUAUCAAGUUGACCGCAGAGAUGGCUAUGAUUAUGGGCGGUCCUGAUGCUCCACCUUACCAGUGGUAUCUAGAACUCUGUCUCCAGGCCUAUCUUGCCGUCAGAAAAUUCCAAGAGCCAAUUGUCUCACUUGUCUCACUGAUGCUGGACACGGGCUUGCCAUGUUUCCGUGGACACACAAUCAAGCAACUGCGGGACAGAUUCGCCCCAGGAUACAGCGAAAAACAAGCUGCUAGCUACAUGAAUAAAGUGAUUCAGAACAGCAGCAUGAGCUGGCGUGGCAGGACUUAUGAUAUGCUGCAGUAUCUACAGAAUGGUAUUCCUUACACUUAAAUCUUUAACGACUGCUGGUGUCACAGUGCAUAGGCAUUGGUUGAAAUUGUUCAACUUUCCAUUCUAAAAUAACUAGUUUGCAAUGUAGCAAUGUAGUGCAAUUAAAUGUAAAAACUCAUGUACAUUUAUUCAAACCCAGUGAAGUGUUGUAAACCUGUUGCAUAGCUUUGUCAGAUGACUUGCGUGUAGAUGUGCCAAACAUACAUUCUUGUGAAUACCUUGCAUGUCUGUGAUCGAAUGAUAAUACGUGUAUGCUCUAACUUUUCAACUGAGAGUCUUGUGCUGGCCAAAGAAUGACUACCGGGUAAUCACUUAUUACACUACACAGACACACUUUUGCUUGUAUCCUGACUGAUUACUUUAGACUAGAGACAUUGGGGCAAAUUGAAUCUUGUAUAUAGAUGUAUAUACCAGAUAGAUGUAUAAUUUAUUAUGACGAAGCUUUAGAGAAGAUUGGUCAGUAAUCUUGAUCAGUUGCUGGUUUAAUCUUUUGCUUGAUCCCAGGUGGUGUAUUGUGAUGUAGAGUGUGAUGGCUGAUAGAGCUCAAGACAGUGUAUGCAUUGGCUAGUCUGGGCCAUUAUGCAAAACUGUCCGGAACAUAAAUGCAUGUUGUAAUAGCUGGCAUAAAGAGUGUGUGAUCGUACGUCAUCACAGGAUGUCCUCAAAUCAUGAAAAUCAUAACAGGAACACAUGUCAUUUGUUAUUUGGGGACAGAAGGGACAGAGAUCACUGCUAUUGUUUUCUCAAUCAUGUUGUCCAUUUCUAUUUUAUGUUCAUUCCCCUGUUUUGUGCUUUUGUGCUUGUUUCUUGGUAAAAAUGGUACCAAACGACUGUGAUUGUGAAAUUCUAGCAUAUAAAAGGUGAUGAAUAUUAAAAUAGUUUUAUACAUAAAAUUA